AAAAAAAAGAGGAAGGAAUAUGGUUUCAUCUGACGCUCCUCCCGUUUCAGCGCUGCCGUAGCGGAACUCUGGUAGGAGCAGGAGGCUGGAGCUCGGUCCGGUGCAAACCCCCUCUGUACCUGAAACAACCACCUCCCCCGUUUCCAACCAGCCUGCAGGAGCACUGCCAGCACACCGGGAGACAUAAAUGGUGGAGGCCGUGGUGGAGUUCGACUAUGAGGCUCAGCAGGACGAUGAGUUGAGCCUGACUGUGGGUGACAUCAUCGUGAACAUACGGCGGGACGAUGGAGGAUGGUGGGAAGGCGAGCUCGGCGGACGCAGGGGGUUGUUCCCAGAUAACUUUGUCAGGGAGAUAAAGAAAGAGACAAAGAGGGAUGGAGGACAGACAGCCACGAUCAGAUCUGACCUCUCUAAUGGAAGGGCCAGCCCCGUGUCCGACUCCAGCGUACGACCGGCCAGGAAAGGAGAGCAAAUCCGUAAGCGGAGGUGUAAAGCGGCAUUCAGCUACGUGCCUCAGCAUGAAGAUGAGCUAGAGUUGAAAAUAGGCGACGUCAUUGAGAUUAUAUCAGAGGUAGAGGAGGGCUGGUGGGAGGGGUUUCUUAAUGGGAAGACUGGGAUGUUUCCCUCCAAUUUCACCAAAGAGAUCCAGGCAGAGUCGGAGACGCCCUCCUUAGACACCUCCCAGGAGGAGCUGCGCAGCGGCCGCUCCAGUAAGGACAGUCCAGGCAGUGAAAGUGAUGGAGCGGACAGUCGGUCAGAAACGGGGUCAAGUGAAAUCCAGCCCAAGAAGGUAAUCAAUGAUGUGCAGUACAGAUUUAACUUACUGAUGCUACAGUGUGUGUAGCACUUAUGAGACUCUCCUCCUCUACAUUCCUCCGCACUGCAUUUUGUUUAAACAACAUAUUCUUUACGCUGUCUACACUUGGAUAUAACCUUAUUACGAGGCUUUAGUCUGAGGACCAUCGU